AAGAAGACGAGGAAGAAGAAAAGACCACAAAAAAUCAAGAUGGCGGAAAGUGAGAAUCAAAACAGCGCAACAGAGCCAUCGAAUUCAAACACAGAUCUGUUUAAAUUGUCGGACUUUCUCGAGCGUGGCAGGAAAAUAUUCGAGGAUGUGGACAGUACGAGCGAACCUCUGGGCUCCACGGCUGUCCAGGCCAACGUGAAGCGGGCCAUCCAGAUGCUGGAGGAGGCGUCCAGAAUGGUGGCUCAGCUCGACCUGUUCAGCCGGAACGAGGAGCUGGAGGAGAUCUCCACGGCAGACCUGAAGUAUCUGCUGCUGCCCGCCUUGUUAGGAGCCCUCCACAUGAAGCUGACCAGCAGGGAAACCCGUCUCAACACGGUCCAGGCCGCCCGGACCUACUUCAUGGAUUUCUUAAGAAGAUGUAAGGAGUACCACAUUUCUCACUUUGAGCUGCCCAAACAUGGAGACGAGCCCGAGGAGGCGUCCGGGUCUAAAGCCAAGUCUGUUCCUGCAGGUCCAUCCGACCUGGUUUCCAUGGCAGCAAAGAGACAAUCUAAAAUCGAGCGGUAUCGCCAGAGGAAGGAGCUGGAGGCCAGAUUGUCCGACGUCCAGAGAGCCGUGGACAGUGGACAGGCUGACGAUGAAGUCACCAGGGACUUGUAUCUUCUGACCGUCCGACGAUGGGUGACCAUUUGUUUGGAGGAAAUGGAAACCAUUGACCAGGAGGUGGAGCUGCUCCGGAAUAUGGAUGUUCUGAAGCACGGACAUGGCAAGCAUCCAGUUCAGCACGCCAGACAGCCCAUGAAGCCCUUCAUCCUAACCAAGGAUGCUGUACAGGCUCGAGUGUACGGGGCGGGCUACCCAAGCCUUCCCACCAUGACGGUGAACGACUGGUACGAGCAACACGCGAAACACGGAGUCCUGCCCGACCAAGGCGUACCGAGGAAAGUUGCUGCAGAGGACAACACUGCCGCAGAAGAGAGGGAGAGUGAAGAGAAGGAAAGAAAAGCUGAAAACGACGACGAGGAGUCUUUGCUGAAAGCCAGAAACUGGGACGACUGGAAGGACACUCACCGCAGAGGUUAUGGAAACCGACAAAACAUGGGCUAGUUGUUCCUGAAGACAGCACGUGUCGCUGCAGAGCUGCUUCUGGUGAACUUCAUGACAUGAUCGUCCCAGACGAGGAGCUUCCUCAGCUUCAUGACAGUCUUCAUUAGUUUGGUCAGGUAACAUCUGUAUGCCGGUCACAAUGUAAAUAUACCACCUUUAACCAGAUGUCACACGACUGUUGGAAAUUUGGAGAUUAAAGAAAAAAUAAAGUGCUUAAUGAAACGAA